GAUCAGCUAGCAUCUUUUUCAGUAGGCCAAUGAACUCACUCUUGGGAAUUCAUCACGGCAUGUCUUUACAACUUUGUGCUUAAAAGAUACAAAAAGAAAGGGAGAUUUUGGACAGAAGAAACAAUCAAACCAAAAGAGGAGACAGAAAACACAGGGGGUGACUUUUUACCUUUGGCAACAAUAAGAAGCAAAGUAGCAUGGGGCGUCAAAACAAAAAUUGAACAAACGUAGCCUUCCUUAACAUUUGUUGCUCAAGCAAAGAACAAAGAGGCAUACCCAUGUAACGGCUUCAUCAUAUUCUCAAAUAGGACCAGCUUUGUUGCUCAUGCAGAUUGCUCCUGCACGACAAGGUAUGUUCUAUUUGUUGCUUGCCUUAGACUUGGCAUGCCUGCAUCAGCCACACCUAUGAUAAAACGUAUGAAAUUUGCACAUUCAUCAUCAUUUGUAUACACCCAUCCACUGAAGUUUAUAGAGCAUCUUGCAAUAAGUAGCAAGAAUAUUAAUAUAUCCAGCAGCGUCUCUCCCUUUCAUAACUCACAGUUUUUUGUAUGAGUGUUUCGAUAAAUGGACCCUGCGAAGACACUUCAAAAGCCGGCAACUUUUGAAGUGCUCCGCAGCACUUAACUACUAAACCCCCCAAACCCCCCCAAGCGAUGUGGGAACUUAACCCCACAGGGUGCCCUGCUGCUAAGAAGUAAAGACCCCCAGACUCCAGCAGCGUCUCUCAUUUCUUAGCAUUCUAUGAACUCUUUUUGUGGCAGAAUCAACAUGCAAGGUUUCCUACAAGCCAUUAGAUCUUACCAAGAAAAGCUAUUAGGGCAUUCACUUUUGAGGAGUUCAACUGCAAUGAAAAACAAUCUCUUGCGACUUGGUUCCAUCAGCUCUUAUCUGACAGUUGAAGAGGGCACAAGGCCAGCGGAGGAGUCUUCACCCAUGCAACACAAAGGGUUGGAGAAUGUAACAGUAGCAGAAGUACUAAUGACAAAGGGAGGCGAAAAGGCUGGAUCUUGGCUCAGCUGUCGCGCCGACGACACAGUAUAUGAUGCUGUGAAGCAAAUGGCACAAAAUAAUAUUGGAUCUUUGGUGGUUCUCAAACCAGGACAGCAACAACUCAUCGCUGGCAUUCUUACGGAGAGGGAUUACUUGCGAAAGGUAGUUGUGCAGGAUAGGUCAUCUAAAUACACAAGAGUCGGGGAGAUCAUGACUGAUCAGGAUAAUUUAGUAACAGUGACGUCUGAUACAAACAUCCUCCACGCGAUGCAACUCAUGACCGUUUUGAUGCGUUCCAGAAAACCACAUACGACAUGUCCCUGUCAUAGAUGGAAAGAUCGCGGGAAUGAUAUCCAUUGUAGAUGUUGUUCGAGCAGUGGUGGAGCAGCAAAGUGGAGAUAUGAAGCGGCUGAAUGAAUUCAUUAGGGGUGAAUACUAUUAGCCAUUGUGUACAGGUGAAGCAAGCAGCAGGGACUCCUGAAAUCAGCAGGGACUUCCAAUGGCUAAUUUUAUCGUCGGUUUAUCUCAAUCGUGGACCAAAGAUCAACAAUGGCAGAGAAAAUAAGAAGAUAAUCUUCAUGUUUGUGUAAUUUGAUAGUCACUACAAUGACCUGUAGUGAUGAUUUCUCGUCGUUUGCAAAUCCCUUGACCGUUACAAAUUACAAUAGAUGGCUUGCUACUCUCAUAUCUGCCUGAACCUUUCUAAAGGCCUGUCAAUCGGGCCUAAUGAGCCGGGCUUUGAUGAGUUCAAGUUCAGCUCAUUUAAUUUGAAACAUUUUCGGGCUUCGGGCUAUGAGUUUCGGAUUCGUAAA